AUGCUGAGACUAACGCCACCCGACGAUGCGAUACCCUUUAUCGUUACCACUCCGGCGAGGCAGUCUGUCGAAGAGAAGCGCAAGCUUAUCCGCAGCCAUGUCAUGCGUGGCAAGAACCGCAAGAAGCGGCCGUUAAGGCCCCCGUCGUGGAUUGGUGGCGGUAAAGUAAACGAUGCAGUGAACAUCAGGAGGCAAAAUGUUCUCUCUACUCCAGCCAAAGUUGGCGGCGAGCUCUCAUUUACAGCUUUCUCAGCGGAGAUGGGCUCGGAUAUGCUCGAAACCAUCUGGAAACUUCAACAGGCAAUGUUUCCCGUUGGGUUUGGCCUGGCCUUUGGUUACACUGAGCCAUCGUGGUUCGAGCCUAUAUGGAACGACGCGGCUUGUCUCCACUUCACCGUCUUUAUAGCCAAAGCGUAUCUGGACUUUGUCCACAGGCAGAAGGAAAUCAGUGCGACGGCCCUGGCUCAUUUGGUGAAGGCCUUGACUAUCCUCCAGCAGCGCCUGGCUAGUAGUGACGACGAGCUGUCGACUUCCGACUCCACCAUCUUGGUUGUCGUCGACCUUACCAUGGCAGCAACUGUCCGUGGCGAUCUCGACACGGCCCUCAAGCAUCUUCAGGGCCUGCAUAAGAUGGUGAUAUUGAGAGGAGGUCUAUCGGCGUUUACGGGGAAUAGACAAUUACAAACCAAGAUCGCUGAUCUUGGAGUGGCCCUCGGCACGGGAUGUCAACCACUUUUCUUCUCCGAUGGCAUCUUAUGGGACUCUCGUAUCGCCUCGCCGGGAAGAAUACCUAUCUCAGGGACCCAAGAUCCAGAUCCAGAUCCCCAAAUGCCCACCUCGGACCUGGGACCUUUCUUCGACAGUCUAGACACGCGUCUCCGCCUCGUCUGGGAUGACAUCUCCGAAUUGGUACGAGCCACGAACAUGGCCACGCAGUGUAAACUCUAUAUCGACAAGGAACUCUACCAGGAAGUCAUGAUCUCGACCCAUUACCGUCUCGUCCACCUCCGCUUCGUCACGGGCGAUGUGAAUGAGACUACCCGCCUUGGGCUGUUGGCGUUUGCGAGCACCCUUUUUCUCCAGUCGCGCGGUGUUAAGACACAAUACGAGUAUCUGGCUCAAUGCCUCCAAAACGCCAUAUCUCUGCUGGGGCAUAAAACGAGAGCUAUACCGACCCAGCUUACGCUCUGGCUACACAUCGUAGGCGCCGUUUCUGUCUUCGGUGAACAUGAGCAAGCUUGGUUUCGGCCUGCUUUGACCGAGCUGCUCCAGGCUAUGAGGCUGGCGUCGUGGAAGGACGUCAGCAAAGCAGAUAGUGGAAGCUACGCUACCCGAGCCCUGGAUAUCGAAGGAACGGAAACAUAUCUUUCGCCGCGAAGGGAUCUUACCAUAAAAUCCUACAACGAUGACGGAUCACGCACCGUGCUAAGAGUCAUGUGUCCAGAUCCCCGGGCCGCGGAUGUUCGUGACGGUCGAAAUAUGAGAGAGCUGCGGAAGCCUCUCUCGACCACAGUCUAG